UUGCUGUCAAAGUGUCAAUGUCAUUCGUAUCUUGCGGUUUUGCUAUCGUUUAAGCUUUAUAGGAUUUCAGGUGUUUAUCGAAAUUAUUUAAAAUACAUUAAUGAACCAUCCGUAAUUUGAAAGAAAAAACGCUUAUUACAAUGUCGAGUAACGUUAACCCUUUAGCGGGAACAGCUCAUUUACUGGAUGAAUUGGACAAAAAGCUUAUGGUGUUGCUGCGAGAUGGGAGAACAUUAAUUGGUUACCUUCGCUGUGUGGACCAAUUCGCUAAUUUAGUUCUACACAAGACUAUCGAAAGAAUACACGUUGGGAGAGAGUAUGGGGACAUUCCAAGGGGUAUAUUUAUCGUAAGAGGAGAAAAUGUUGUUCUUCUGGGUGAAAUUGAUAAAGACAAAGAAGACAAUCUCCCAUUAACAGAAGUUUCUGUUGAUGACAUUCUAGAUGCACAAAGAAGAGAACAGGAUGCCAAGAUUGAACAACAAAAGUUACUUUCAAAAGCUUUGAAGGAGAGAGGGCUUAAUCUUCUAGCUGAAAUGGGACAUGAUGAUAUGUUUUAAAUAUCCCCAAGCUUUAAUAUCAAGUUGUAUCUAAGGAAGACUGUAAUUAUGUAAUACACUCUAUGUAUCAUU